CUUCGGUCUGUAAGAAGCCAUAUUGGAUUCGUGGUAAUGGAGAGGAACGUCAUCUAUAUUUGACAAUUAGCAGGUGUAACAAGCUGUGUUUGAAUUGCAGAACAAGGUGGUAGCAGUGAAAAGCUUGUGUCACUGUCCUAUGUCACUCUUCUUCAGUGGACCCAUUGUACCAAACCCCCACCAGCAAGAUGAAUACUGUCAAUACUAUUUUAGAGAAGAUCAACAAAAUGCCGGCUCCCAAGAGGCUUCGGGAUUUAAUACGGGAGAUCCGUUCAGCACGCACAGCAGCAGAAGAGCGAUCUGUGGUGAAUAAAGAAUGUGCACAAAUCAGGGACUGUUUUAAGGAAGAGGACAAUACGUACAGGUGUAGGAAUGUGGCCAAGCUUCUCUAUAUACACAUGCUGGGGUAUCCGGCUCACUUUGGACAGCUGGAAUGUCUGAAGUUAAUAGCCUCCCCCAAGUUUACAGACAAACGUAUUGGUUACCUUGGUGCUAUGCUGCUGCUGGAUGAGAGGACAGACGUACAUCUUUUAGUGACAAAUUGUCUGAAAAAUGAUUUGGGUCACCAGACCCAGUAUAUAGCCAGUCUGGCCCUGUGUACUUUAGGAAACAUAUGCUCUGUGGAAAUGAGCAGAGAUCUGGCAGGAGAAGUAGAGAAAAUGUUGAAAUCAUCCAAUGCAUAUUUAAAGAAGAAGUCUGCACUGUGUGCCCUGUGUAUAGUAAGAAAAGUACCAGACCUUAUGGAGAUGUUCCUGCCUGCUACACGGACAUUGCUCAAUGAGAAAAACCAUGGUGUCCUGUUAGCGGCAGUUUGUCUCAUCACAGAGAUGUGCAAGUUAAGCAUAGAUGCUGUUAAUCACUUUAGAAAGGAUGAGUUUAUGGAGGUUGUUCCGCAGCUGGUGCGUAUUUUGAAGAAUUUGAUAAUGGCUGGUUAUUCCCCAGAACACGAUGUAUCAGGGGUCAGUGACCCUUUCCUACAGGUGCGGAUUUUGAACCUGUUAAGGCUACUGGGUAAGGGAGAUGCUGAGGCCAGUGAAGCCAUGAAUGAUAUACUAGCACAGGUGGCCACAAAUACAGAAACGAGUAAAAAUGUUGGCCAUGCUAUUUUAUAUGAAAUUGUCCUCACAAUCAUGGGAAUAGAAUCAGAAUCAGGACUUAGGGUGCUAGCUGUUAAUAUAUUGGGGAGAUUUUUACUGAACAGUGACAAAAACAUAAGAUACGUAGCACUGAACACAUUACUGAGAGUUGUCCAUGCAGAUUACAAUGCAGUCCAGAGACAUCGGAGUACCAUCGUAGACUGUCUGAAAGACCCAGAUGUUUCCAUAAAAAAACGUGCAAUGGAGCUGUGUUUUGCCUUGAUCAACCAGAAUAAUAUACGGGGGAUGGCCAAGGAGCUGCUGUCCUUCCUAGAGAAAUGUGAGCCAGAGUUCAAAGCCGACUGCUGUUCUAACCUGGUCACUGCUUCAGAAAAAUAUUCCCCUAACAGGAGGUGGCAUAUAGACACGGUGAUGAAAGUGUUGACCACAGCUGGAAACUAUGUGCGUGACGAUGUGGUGUCCACUCUUGUCCAGCUAGUGUCCCAGGCAGACUCCCUCCAGGCUUACGCUGUACAGAAUCUGUACCGCGCCAUGCGGGACGACAUCAGUCAGCAGCCUCUUGUACAGGUUGCCACCUGGUGUAUAGGAGAGUACGGAGAUCAGUUGUUUGCUGGGACGUCAAUUGAGGAUUCCGAGCCUCUAGAUGCCAGUGAAGAAGAUGUGUUAAAUGUUUUAGAGAGAGCAUUAGUCAACAACAAUUCCACAUUGACAAGUAAGGAGUAUGUGAUUACUGCCAUAUUGAAACUGAGUACAAGGUUCAGCAGCACGCAGCCUAAAAUCCAGAAGUUAAUAGCAUUCUACAACCGUAGCACUAGUGUGGAGCUGCAGCAGCGCUCUGUGGAAUACUCCACCCUGUUCAGCACUCAGGACCAGAUGAGGUCAGGACUGCUGGAGAAAAUGCCCGUCAUGGAGAAAACGCGGGUGGACGAACCCAUGCUGGCCAAUGGGGGCGAAAAGGAAGAUGACUUACUCAAUGGCGGGGCAGCUAGUCCUGCGACACAGACUCAGCAGCCCACCGAGGUGUGUGAAAGCCAGAACAUCCUGGAUAUCCUAGGGGGUCCUAGCACUGCCACCCCAGCACAGCCAGCACAGCCCCCAAAGAGCACUGGGGGAGAGCUGCUAGAUCUGCUAGGAGAUAUAGACAUGUCUGGUUCCAGUGCAGGUGCCCCGCCCCCUAUGAUGAUGGGCGGCCCUCCCCUGAUGGAUGGUCUGAUGGGAAUGCCUGCAGCAGCACCCAACCCAUUACUGGAUAUGAUGGGCUCACAGCCACUUGUUAAUGGGAACGAGAAUUCCAUCCCAGACAUAGUUGGUUUUGAAAAAGAUGGACUCUCCCUGAACUUUUCCUUUGAGAAAGCCCCUCCUCCUUCAACUGUGACCACAAUGACAGUUACUGCCACCAACUCAAGUCCGAACCCACUGCUAGAAUUUGUAUUUCAAGCAGCGGUGCCCAAGUCAUUCCAGUUACAAAUGCUUUCUCCGUCUGGCAACAUUGUGCCUCCCAGCAACAGUGGCAGUGUGACACAGAUAGUCAAAGUGAACAAUCCACAAAAGCAACCUAUAAGGAUGAGGCUGCGCAUGGCGUACACAGUAAAUGGAGUGCCAGUAACAGAACAGGGAGAGGUUAGUAAUUUCCCGCCAGUAUUAUGGCAGUAGUGUGAGGAAGAAGGGGUCCCUCUGCAUUAUCCCAGAGAUAGGAGAUGAGGAAGCAGACAGUACUAAAGAAUAAGUCUGCUGUAUGAUAUAUACCAGAACGGACAUACAACACGAGGGACGAGCUGGAAAUAAACAUCUGGUUUUGCAUGCUGUACUGGGGGAGUGACUCACUGAAACAGCAUGGAGGAGAAAAAACAUACAGGGACAGCGAUAUGAAAUUACCUCUGAGUUGCCAUAUAAACCAACAUUUUCAGCCAGCAGUAGUAGAGGCAGGUUUUCUACACAAAGUUCAGCAAUGGGGAUUAUCAUUACUGCAAGGUAGAUUGGCCAAUGUGAUUCAGCAUUCUGAUCAAUGUUUGAGACUCCCGGACUUGUCAGCACAAGACUGAAAGAAGGCAAGCAGUCCUACAAGUUUUGUAGGAACAGUAGGCCUCCUAGUUCUGCACUCUUUCAUCAGAACUAAAAAGUCAAACACUCUUUGUCAAUUGGGCUGAUAAAAUAUGUAAUCAAGCAAUCUUCUCUUGUGAUGUGCAGGGUUAUGACAAAUGAGGACAAAAAUGUUACUAGCACUGGUGACCCAUCAUAAAUUAAGCUGUGUGAUAAAAGAGAGGACUGCAUGCUUUAUCCUGCACUCAUUUUAUGUGUAAACGGUAAUUACUUGCCAAUUGUGAACCAAAAGUCAUAUUUAUCUCCAAAAACUGUUUGGUCCAUUUGUACAGAAAAAAGUUUCAAAGUGGUGGUGUGUUCCAGGCGAGUGAUAACUGUUACCGUAUAUUAAAUAGACUAGAUUCAAUUUGGCAUUUACUGUUUAAUAUGGUAGUCUCUUGCGACAGGUGUGGAACAAAUUAAUUAUUUUCUUGGUCACCUCGAUAAACGCACACAUUGUGUUGUUGAAUACAGGUGAUGAUCAGCUUUAAUAAAGAGCAUAUCCUGAGAGGAUAGUAGAUUUAGGCUAUGCUUUCUAUAAUACUUGUUAUUGUUAUGAUGUUGACAUAUUUGAUUAAAUAGGCACUGAUAUCUUGCAGUGCUGUAAUUUACAAGUGAAAAAGAUGUUUUGCAUUUUUUUUUUUUUUUCAAAUUUUGAAACUAGCCCAUUUAAACUGCUUACUUCAUUUUCUAAUCUGUUGUUGAAAAAAGGCAAGGGGUUUGGAUGUGGUAUGAUUUAAAGUAGACAAGUAUCCAGUUAAACGAUAAAGUAGAAGCGUUUUCCAGAAACAUUGCAUUGGGGAGGGGGGUCCAAAGGUGGAGAAAUGUAGGGGGGUGAGGGAUUUAUUAGCACACAGCAUACUUAAAAUGCGUAGUUCAGAAAAGAAGCAAAUUGUUCUUCACCACAGGAUAUGUAAUUUGUACAUAGAAAAUAAGCUGGUCUUGCAAUUCAACUGAUGACAGAGUGGAAAAAGUUGUGAAAUAAUAAAGGAUCUUACACUUGAGCAAGUCGAGCAUUCUUGCUACAACUUUAGAGUAUGGAGUCCAAUGAAGGACCGGUGAAGGAAUAAAUGUACUGUAAUUAUGAUUUUGUUGAAAAGAUCUAAUAGUGGCAACUUGGAUCUUGCUGUACAGAAAGUUUGCAGAAUAAGUUAUUAUAUUGAAUAAAAAAUGAAAUGUUUGAAACCAGAGGUAUGUCAGAUAUAUGUAAUUGUUAAGAGUGUUGUUUGAAGGAAAACCGAAAUGAUGGGUCUUGCUAUAGAAAAGGUGUAAGGUUGCAUUUACAUGGGAGUCUUUAAACACUACUAUGAUACAUAAAUGAAUUUUCCGAACUUGUUAUGAAACUUAAAAAGGACAGUGUAAUUAUUGAUGCUUUGAAUGCCACUGUUUCUUGUAAAUGUGAAUGUAUUAGUUAUAAAUGAUUAAAUAAUAUUGACAUGCUAUAUGUAAAGAAACUAAAGAAUAAAUGCCUUCCCAAUUAUA